AUGGACUUUAAACAAGAUUACGAGUUACGAGAUAUAAAUUUUGAUGAAAGCAGGUCAACUUCCCCAAAUCUUAGGGAUGUACCAGCUAGUCACUACAACAAUACAAGUAAAUUCAAAAGAUUCUUCGGAUUAAUCUUUAGAAAAAUGUUAGGCGGUUCGAUAAAGACAAUAAUUCUCAGAUUGAUAACUCUAGCGUUAUCAAUAUAUGUAAUUGCCAUCAUUUCACAUCCUUCAACAAGGACUGUAACAAUACAAUGGAUUCAAGACAAUACAAAUUCUUUAGCGCAAGAAGUGGCUUCUGCUGAUCAAAUCAUCGAUGCUAAUAUUGCACCUUAUUUCAAAUUCAAGAAAUGGAAUAAAUCACCCGUCACGAAUGUAACGUUAUCCCACAAAUAUAUAGACUAUAACACGACUGGAUUUGUGUGGAAUUUGAACGUCCAGCCAGCAACGAAAAAUGAAGAAGAAAUUAGUAGUGUUUCAGAUUUUAACGUAUUGAAUCAUGACUCUUACGAAAAAUCGACAAAUUGCAGCAGUUUGCAAUAUACAAACACAAUUAAAUACUCUAACUGGACCAAGUAUAUCGGAGAUGAUCUAGUAGAAUUUAGAAGAGAGUUGCUUGCCUUGAAGAACGACUUAACGAAGGAAGUCACUUCAGAUGAUGGGGCUUCCGAAAAGAAGAAAGAUCCGAAGGCUCCUGAUUUAUCUGAAGAAGAGAUUGUCAAGAAAUACUGGUCCAAAUUUGGUGCUGCUGCUGCUUGGUUAGAAAGUGAGCAAUGUUAUGUCGUCUAUUCAAGGGUUAUGUAUUGGCAUAGUGGUGUUAAAAAGAUGCCUCAUACUUCUUUAGUAAGAGCUCAAGCAUUUGAUAGGAAUUGGAAUGAAAUUAAGGGUAAACAAAUUCCUUAUAUUGACGUGAAGGCACCUAGUAGUUUAGAGAAAGAACUAGCUAGUCUUGAUAAAGAAUUAAAUUUGGCUGAUUGUGAUGCAUUCUUGGAUGUGAAUCCAGAAGCAUAUGACGAUUGUAAAGUUAGUAAUGCCAAAGGUACUUUAAAUGCUAAAAAGAGGAGAGAAAACAUUCUCACAAAACAUUUUAUCACCUAUCCUACAAUGUUAGAUGUUCCCUUCAAUUCAAAAGUUGACUGGGCUGGGCCAGAAGAUCCACGUGUUAUAACAAGGAAAAUUGAUGGUAUAGAUGAGCCAAUUGUUGUUUUUAACUUACCAAUUGAUGAUAAGAAUCAAAGAAGAAUGUAUGGGAUCUUUCCACAUAGAAGAGUUAAUAAUAUCAUAGAAUUUAAAGUGCCUGAUCACAAAAUGAGGUACGCUGAAAAAAAUUGGACUCCAUUCUUUGAACAGAGUAACCAGGCUUCUGGCACCUCCUCAUUUUCGAGAGGCUCUAUUAAUUUUAUAUAUUCAUUCUUCCCAAUGGAAAUUUUCAAAUGUUCUCUUGAUGACGGUAUUUGUGAAGUUGUCUUUGAAGGUAAAGACCUAGGUUUAAGUGAUGAUGCGUCCUUUGGGGGUGUCAGAGGUGGUACACAAUUCUUACCGUUGCCUGAUGUGUUACCUAAAGUCGAAGGGAAACAAUUCUGGUUCGGUUUCCCUAAAUUGCAUAUCAAUUCUUGUGGUUGUGGAGAAAAGUUUUAUAGACCGAUGUUGAGUCUUUUAGUAGAGGAAAAUGGUGUUUAUCAUCAGGAUUUAUUGGUGCCAUUUGUGGAUUUCGAUAUGACUAUUCCAAAUUGGGAAGAAGACGGGACAAAGUGUGAUAGUAUCAAUAUCCUGAGUCCUAACUCUAUUGCAUAUUGGGAAAUUUUGGAUCAAAACAAAGAAGAUAGCAGUAUUGCUGAUUAUUUAGCUCUUAGUGUGAGUACUUCGGAUUCUAAUAGUCAAAUCAUUAUAUUGAAGGGGGUGGCAAAUUAUAUCCUAGGAGUUUACAAGAAGAUGGACAUAAAAGAUACGUUCGAUGUCAGCAAAGAAUCUGAUUCUAUUAUCAAGCAAUCUCUCAACUGUGUUAUUGAUAACGCCAAAGGUGAAUGUAAAGCGUAUGGUCUUCUUCACGGAGAAAGUGCUCAAGAAACGUCUAAGAAAUCAACUCCUCUAGAGAAUAAAAAAAUUAGAUAA